CCAAGCACUCACUAGAGCACAACUGCUGGGUGGAGUGGAAAUGGCUGGCUUUAGCAGCAAGAGCUUGGUCCUGGUUUCCGUGCUGGGGCUCCUGGUGCUGCUCCUGUGUGGCACCUCUGAAGCACAAAGCAACCAGGAUUGCUGCCUGUCUUACACCAAGGUGCGUCUGCCUCGGUGGGCCCUAAAGGGUUAUACUGAACAGCUCUCUAGUGAAGUCUGUGAUAUCCAUGCAAUCAUUUUCCACACCUAUAGUGGGCUGAAUGCUUGUGUAAAUCCUAAAGAAGGUUGGGUGAAGAAGCAUCUUCUUUUCCUGAGCCAUAAGCUCAAGAGGAUGUCAAUGUGAUACGGUUUCUAGCAGGGAACCAAACAAGCAUGGCUGAGGAACUACUUGGUUCAACAUCUCAGUUGAGAUCGUCUUCUUGUACACUGUUGUGUGCUUGCCACUAUCUCUGGCUUCUUUGGGACCAUUGAACUUCUUGAGUUGAUUCAUAUUGCAUCACUGUGUUGCUUGAAUUAAGCAUUUUGUUAAAGUUUCUAUUUUUACUAAUAUGUGUAUGUUACUAAUAUGAUAUGAGUACUAUUCAGAAAGGACCACCUUAAGUGGUCGUACAGAGUAUGAAUUUUGAGUUUAUUGCAUGUAAUUUUUGUUUUGUUCAGCAUGUGUUAAGUGGGUUAUUUAUUCUGUUUAUUUUGUUACUUCUUUGGCACAGUCUUAUGCCAAAAUGUUUUCUUUUGACUGUAGUUGGCAUUAUAAUACCUCUUGAACUAUUGUUAAAAAAACUGCUUGUGAAAAAAAAUGGAAAUUGGAGUUAAAACCAAUAAAUAUUAAAAUCAGUCUCUC